GUUAAACGGGGCCGAAGGGAGGGGUGGCGGGUCAGUGCUGCUCGGGGGCUUCUCCGUCCAGGUCCCUGGAGCUCCUGGUCCCUGGAGCUCCGCACUUGGGGGCUCAACCUGCGUGAGGCAGCGCGAUUCUGGGGACUGGCCGGCCAUGCCGUCUCGGGCUGAGGAUUAUGAAGUGUUGUACACCAUUGGCACAGGCUCCUAUGGCCGCUGCCAGAAGAUCCGGAGGAAGAGUGAUGGCAAGAUAUUAGUUUGGAAAGAACUUGACUAUGGCUCCAUGACAGAAGCUGAGAAACAGAUGCUUGUUUCUGAAGUGAAUUUGCUUCGUGAACUGAAACAUCCAAACAUCGUUCGUUACUAUGAUCGGAUUAUUGACCGGACCAACACAACACUGUACAUUGUAAUGGAAUAUUGUGAAGGCGGGGAUCUGGCUAGUGUAAUUACAAAAGGAACCAAGGAAAGGCAAUACUUAGAUGAAGAGUUUGUUCUUCGUGUGAUGACUCAGUUGACUCUGGCGCUGAAGGAAUGCCACAGACGAAGUGAUGGUGGUCAUACUGUAUUGCAUCGGGAUCUGAAACCAGCCAAUGUUUUCCUGGAUGGCAAGCAAAACGUCAAGCUUGGAGACUUUGGGCUAGCUAGAAUAUUAAACCACGACACGAGUUUUGCAAAAACAUUUGUUGGCACACCUUAUUACAUGUCUCCUGAACAAAUGAAUCGCAUGUCCUACAAUGAGAAAUCAGAUAUCUGGUCACUGGGCUGUUUGCUGUAUGAGUUAUGUGCAUUAAUGCCUCCAUUUACAGCUUUUAGCCAGAAAGAACUCGCUGGGAAAAUCAGAGAAGGCAAAUUCAGGCGAAUUCCAUACCGUUACUCUGAUGAAUUGAAUGAAAUUAUUACGAGGAUGUUAAACUUAAAGGAUUACCAUCGACCUUCUGUUGAAGAAAUUCUCAAGAACCCUUUAAUAGCAGAUUUGGUUGCAGACGAGCAAAGAAGAAAUCCUGAGAGAAGAGGGCGACAAUUAGGAGAGCCAGAAAAAUCGCAGGAUUCCAGCCCUGUAUUGAGUGAGCUGAAACUAAAGGAAAUUCAGUUACAGGAGCGAGAGCGAGCUCUCAAAGCAAGAGAAGAAAGAUUGGAGCAGAAAGAACAGGAGCUUUGCGUUCGUGAGAGACUAGCAGAGGACAAACUGGCUAGAGCAGAAAAUCUGCUGAAGAACUACAGCUUGCUAAGGGAACGGAAGUUCCUGUCUCUGGCAAGUAGUCCAGAACUUCUUAAUCUUCCAUCCUCAGUAAUUAAGAAGAAAGUUCAUUUCAGUGGGGAAAGUAAAGAGAACGUCAUGAGGAGUGAGAAUUCUGAGAGUCAGCUCACAUCUAAGUCCAAGUGCAAGGACCUGAAGAAAAGGCUUCAUGCUGCCCAGCUGCGGGCUCAAGCCCUGUCAGAUAUUGAGAAAAAUUACCAACUGAAAAGCAGGCAGAUCCUGGGCAUGCGCUAGCCAGGUAGAGAGACACAGAGCUGUGUACAGGAUGUAAUAUUACCAGCCUUUAAAGACUGAUACUCAAAUGCUGUAGUGUUAUACUUGGUUCCAUGAGCCACGCCUUUCUGUAUAGUACACAUGAUAUUUCGGAAUUGGUUUUGCUGUUCUUCAGCAACUAUUGUACAAAAUGUUCACAUUUAAUUUUUCUUUCUUCUUUUAAGAACAUAUUAUAAAAAGAAUACUUUCUUGGUUGGGCUUUUAAUCCUGUGUAUGAUUACUAGUAGGAACAUGAGAUGUGACAUUCUAAAUCUUGGGAGAAAAAAUAACGUUAGGAAAAAAUAUUUAUGCAGGAGUAGCACUCACUGAAUAGUUUUAAAUGACUGGGUGGUAUGCUUACAAUUGUCAUGUCUAGAUUUAAAUUUUAAGUCUGAGAUUUUAAAUGUUUUUGAGCUUAGAAAACCUAGUUGGAUGCAAUUUGGUCAUUAAUACCGUGACAUCUUGCUUAUAAAUAUUCCAUUGCUCUGUAGUUCAAAUCUAUUAGCUUUGUGAAAAUUCAUCACUGUGAUGUCUGUAUUCUUUUUUUUUUUUCUGCUUAACAGAAUAUGAGCUGUCUGUCAUUUACCUACUUCUUUCCCACUAAAUAAAAUAAUUCUUUAGUUUCCCUGUA